AUGGCUUCAUCAAUUCAACAAAAACGAUGUAGAUACGGUGGUCAAUGUUCAAAUAUUGACGAUCAAAAACAUAGUCAAGAUUUCGAACAUCCAUCAUACUGUCCAGACGGAGGUCAUUGUCAAAAUACGGCACAAAAUCAUGAAAAAGAAUAUUGUCAUGUAUCAAUGUGUCCAGAUUUACAUCAAUGUGUACAUUUUCAGAAUGAUGAUAAGACUCAUUGUACUCACUAUCGUCAUUGUCGACCUAACUGUAAACAUGGAAGCUACUGCGUCGAUUUUCACGAUAAAGAUCAUAUCAAGAAAUACAAACAUCCUUUUCCGCAUCCAUGUUUAUUCACUCCGUACCACUGUGCAUUACAUAAUAAAUCAUUAGAAACAUCCGAAAGUGGCGAACUCUCACAUGACGUCGAGCAGCAUUGUCGUGAAUUUGCUCAUGUUUGUCACUUCGGACGUCAUUGUACGAUUCAGGCACCAUUGCAUUUAGAAAAGUCAAUUCAUGUACCUCGUUCGCUUUGUAUAUUUGGUACAGAAUGUGAAAAACUUCUGCAAGAAGAACAUUUGAAUACGUUCACACAUUUUAAUAUUCGCGACAUUCGAAUUCCGUGUAAACAUGCCGAUAAAUGUUACACACAUCGAGAUCCCAAGCAUCUAGCUAAAUUUCGUCAUGCAAUAACGCUGCAAAAUAGUGGUAUCGUUCCCUUCUAUCAUUUGAAUAGGAAUAUUAAUUUUGCUCAAAAUCAAUCAAAUAACAUAGCACGCAUUACGAAUUAUGUGCAACUUGAAAAUUGGGAACAGUUACCAUCUGAUUCGAUACCACAAGAGAUUAUCGACUGGUUACAUACUGUUCAGCCUGUCCAUCGAUGUAAUCCGGAAAUAUUCAAGUCCAUUCUCAUUCAUGGACAUGUCAUGAGUCGAGAAUACAUGGAAUCAUUGAAAGAUCCCGAUUUCGCUGCUAAUUCUAUCCUUCAUCAUAGUCGAAUACAACGAAUUGAUGCCUUAAAACUGCCCAUAUAUGCAGAAAGUGCCAAGAAAUAUAUCACUGCUUUGGUUGCUAAAGAAUAUGAAAAAAACGGAUUUCCGAAAAUACAAUCGAGUGAGGAUGUGACAAGCACUCAAAUAUUAUCAUCCGACAUUUCCACUUCAGUUUCUCGUUCAGCCUUUAUUGAAAAGGAAAAUAUCUUUCUAUCACAUAAUAUUUCUUCUGCUGAUAUGAAUGCUAUCCAUAAGAAAACAAUUGAAAUAGCUCAGGCCUCCAUGAAACUUCAUUCAAAUCCGGCUGGAAUUGGCUAUAUGAGAGAUAAAGAUUUAGGAACAAACAAACAUGUGUUUAGUAUUCUUGGACCUCAUUUAGGGCAUAACUAUGGUGAUGUAUUUAUUGUUUUCAAACGUGAAAUUCUGCAUCAUCCCGAUGCAAAUUUUUCCAUACAAGCAGCAACAUCAUACGCCAGUGGUAGAACUUACAAUUGGCGUCCAUGGCUGGGCAUUGCUCCAGAGUCACAAGAAGAAAGAAUUAAGUUGUAUCAUGAAUCAAAAUUACAUGUUUCUAUGCCAGGCUACGAACGCGCUGCUGCUCUCGAAAUGAUAACAACGACAAGUCAUUUUUUAAAAAAGAAGACAAUGAAUAUAGAUCUUAAAAUGAUUAUCGAAAGUUGUCUCGAAGUUGAUUCUCAUCGGUCGAUGGAAGCCCAUUUACCUCAACUUAUUCCCUUAGAUUAUAUCGAUCAUAUUUAUAUGGCACAGAAUAUAUUUGAAUGGCUCGAUAGUGACACUGAUGCUAAUCAAGCAAUGGAUGCUGUUUUCAAAGAUCGUAUAACAAAAACACAACAUCAAGGUGAAGUUGGUGCAGCGGAAAGUAAAUUUGGUUCGAAGCCAAGUUCUGAAUCUCGAGCUGAAUAUCAAGAUUUUGUUGUCAAAGAAUUGAUCGAGAGAUUUGGUAAACGUGAUACUCAUUCACUUUCUACAUCCAUGCGAGGCUGUGCCAUUACGGUCCCAUCAAGCAAUUUCAAGGAUAAUAUUGCCUUGCCUUUAAUGAUUUCACAAUCUUAUCUAGAACAGCCUCUUCCGGAAAUGCCAAAUAAUAUUACAACUUAUAUCUAUUGGCAAGUGAUGAAUGGAGAUAUGAUGUUGACAUUGUCAAACGAACAAAUUAAUUCGACUGAACGACAACCGAAUCUUCGCUGUUUGAUUUGUUAUGUUGCGCCGAAGCCUACAUUUACGGAUCUUAAUUAUCAUGAACAAGCUUCUUAUCUAAACAGCGGUCUACCUUCUCAGCAUCAUACUUUUAUCCAUAAAGGCACGUAUGCAGCCAAAUCAACAGUUUUCUAUGUCGGAUGUAAUACAGAUGAUUAUAUGACAUUUUGUCUGGAAAUUCAGCGUUCAACCAACACAGUCACUCUCUCUCAUGCCGGUCCAAAUUCAAUCUACGAUCAUGAAAAAAUUUCUCAUAGAUUUACUAAAUCAGAUCUUGACGUGAAUACAUUAGAAUUCAUUCAUGUUAGUGCUGGAGUUCACACUGUGCCCAUUCGAAAUUUGAUUGUCUCUUGUAGGAAACAAUUUCAUCUACAUCCGACAUAUGAUAAAAAUUUCAAGAAAAAAUCUUCUUCUUUCGCGACAGCAAUGUCAAUUGAUACACAAGUCACAGAACCUUACCAUCCAUUACCUUCCAAGGUAGACAAGAAAGAGUCAAUUACUUUACCUGACUUUUUUGCUCGAAUGAAGUUCAAGAGAGAUACUGUAGUUAAUCAAAUGAAGAAAACAACCUUAGCUAAAGACGAUAAUUCGUUGUUGACGCCUUGUUUCAAUAGCAUUAAUUGUCCUAUUCAGUUUUCAAAGAAUGGACAAGAUCACAAUUCAAAGUUUUCACAUCCAUGUCGCUUUGCUGAACAUUGUCGAAAUCCAGAGCCUCAUCUAACGCAUGAAUCUCGUCGAGUACAUAUGUGUCAUUUAGAUGAUAAAUGCCAAUCUUUAUGUGAUCCGAUUCAUCGAGCGUCAUACGAACUUGCCAUAUUUUUUAAUUCCGUGUCAAUUUCAAGGAAAUUGCACGAAUGA